GCUGGUGACCUCCGACCUCUGACCCCCGACCAUGAUCCUCACCAAGGCCCAGUACGAGGCCAUGGUGCGGGCCAUGGGCGCGCUGCCCCCCACCAGGCAGACCCUGCGCAAGCUCAAGGCCAUCUUCCCCAGGCAAUCCGAGUCCACCGUGCAGAGUAUCUUCUCCCAGGAGUACCAGAAACACAUCAAGAGAACCCACCCGAGGCACCAGACCGCCGAGGCCGUGCAGAGCUACUACGACAGGUACCUGCGUGGGGUGAGAGAGAACAGCUCAGCACCUGUGCUCCUGGAAUUGGCCAAUGAGGUGGACUUCUCGCCGGCGCUGAUGGCUCGGAUCGUCCUGGAGAAUUUUUUACGAGAGAAGGAAGGGCUUCCGCCCUCCAAGACCGUCAUAAAUACCCUGCUCCGAGAUCCGUCGCAGAUCCCUGACGCCGUCCUGGGGAAUCAAGUGUACCAGUGCAUUGUGAAUGACUGCUGCUACGGGCCGCUGGCGAACUCCAUCAAGCACGCCAUCGGCUACGAACACGAGGUCCUGCUCCGAGGCAUGCUCCGCGAGAGGAAUCUGGCCUUUUUAGACGAGGAUCAGCUGCGAGCCGAGGGCUACGACAAAACGCCGGACUUCAUCUUGGAGGUGCCGAUUGCGGUGGAGGGUCACGUGGUCCACUGGAUUGAAAGCAAAGCCUCAUUUGGUGAUGAAUGCAGCCACCAGGUCUACCUGCAUGACCAGUUCUGGAGCUACUGGAAUAGGUUCGGACCGGGGCUGGUGAUCUACUGGUACGGCUUCGUCCGGGAGCUGGAUUGCACGCGGAGCCGCGGAAUCCUGCUCCAGGACCACUUCCCCUCCGACAUCACCACGCUGCACUCCGAGGCCCGGCCCCGGGACGCCUCCCCGCCGGCCAGCCCCACGGGACCCUGCUCCGGAACCGCUUCCCCUCCGACAUCGUGACGCUGCGUCCGGCCCCCAGCCCCGCAGAGGUGGCGACCGGCGCCCCUUCCCCACCUCUGGCUCCCGCCCCUCUGCCGCCUCCGCCGGAAUCAUCGGGAUGUACUGUGGAGCCGGGCUCCUGACUCCCCCUCCUUCCCUGACUCCCUCUGCUGCUCCUCCUCUCGUCCUCCCGAUCACCCUCCUCUCUCUCCGACACAGGAGUGUUUGAGGGGGUGUACGUGUGGGAAAUCGGGCCAGCUCCUCAGAAGCCCGGCCUGCCCCGACCCCCGCGUCCUGCCAACCCCCACGCCUUGCUGGCCCAGGGCCCGGCGGCCACAGCUGAAUUUCCUGGGACUCUUCCUUCCAGAGAAAUACAGAAAUGUACUACAAAACA